CGGCCGUGUCCGCCAUCACUUCGCCAGCCAGGGUAACGUGCCUACGAAAACACUCGGGGCAACUCGUUCACACCUCGGCCAAGAGUAAUCGUGUGUACACCUGAGUGAGUGACGGGGACUUGUCUUCUGACGAUGGACGUACUGACAUGGAUGACGGGUAUCGUGUAUUCUUUGGUAAUCUGUAUAGGAGAGGUCUGCUGCCAGAGCACCAUUGUUAUGACCCUGGAAGAGACGGUAGCAAAGGACAAUCAUAGAAUUUCGACAAUCUUAGAAAACAUUAACAAAUACUCUGAUGAGAAAGGUCCUUUGGCCGACAUUAACUUUGAGGUCGUCAUAGUCGGGCGGAAUGGAAGCACCAAUUUGGAUAGCCUAGACAAAGUGUGUGAUAUCGUGAAGAGUGGAAUCAUAGCCAUCAUGGACAUGUCGUCACCAAACCUGGCUCCUCUCAUGAGGUCAUUCGCCCGAACUCUCGGAAUAGCAUACAUCUCAUUGGUGGAUAUCUCUUACUACCGUUACGUCACCACGUACGACGACCACAACACGCUGUUUGAGGUUGAACCGACGUCCUUUGAGAUGAUGCACGUUGUCGCCGACAUCGUUAGACAGGAGAGUCUGAACAACGUCGCCAUUGCGUAUGACUCUACUUUCGACAUACAGAACACGCCUAGACGAGUCCUGACGAACGUUCCGGCCCAGCACCUGUACGUGCACAUAUCUGAGUGGACGAACGAGACCCAGAAACAGAUCAAGAUGCUGAACGAUAUCGAGAUCAAAAACAUCUUCUUCAUCUCGAGCGUCGAUCGCGUCAAACACGUCCUCAAAGUGGUCAGUGCCAUGCAACUGCAGAACUUUGAUGUGAAUAUGUUCAUACUGACGAAGGACCCUGUACUUAUUUGCACUUACUGCCUGAAGAAUGGUCACCUUGUCUUUAUUUGGGCUCGAACUGAAGAGGUCAUGUCGGAGAGCUAUAUUAAUUUCAUGAAGUUUAAGGUCGGAAUAAACAGUUUCGGAUUCGACAGGAUUAAGGUUGACGAGGCAAUGGUGUUUGAUUUGACCAGGUUAAUUCGGCGAGCCGUGGCGAACAUGUCCGAACUGCAUCCAAUCAAAUACCCGGACUGUUAUGACGACUCGUUAACCGCAAACGAAACAGAUUUGUUGCAGAGUUCCAGAUUGAUAACGGUGCUCAGAGAGUUGCGAGAAGAUGGUGUGUUCGGUAGCUUGAUUCACGAGCGCGGAGGACUGGGUUAUAACUUCACCUUGCAGCUCUCCACCAAUGUGUAUGAAAACGGUGUCAGGAAGUCCAGCGACGUGGUAGGAAAGUGGACAGAUGGGCGGGGCCUGGAUCUGGUCAGUGGAAAACGUCUGAUUAAAUCCAACAAGAAACAACAUUACCGCGUGGUUACCGUCGCAAACUCCCCACCAUUCGUGUAUAAAACGGAUAAAGGAAACGGAACCGCUGAGUAUUACGGCUACUGUAUUGACCUUCUGAGAAGGAUAUCGGAGAUUCUUGACUUCACCUACGACAUUUACGACACGGAACUGUACGGCGCUAUGUCAGACGACGGAUCGUGGAAUGGUCUCAUUCAGGAGUUAAUUUCUAAGAAAGCUGACAUCGGCGUGGGUCCUCUCUCGGUGAUGGCUGAACGCGAGAACGUCGUGGACUUCACCGUGCCCUACUACGACCUGGUGGGUCUGACGAUCCUCAUGAAGAAGCCCAAGUUCGACUACUCGCUCGUCAAGUUCCUCAGCGUGCUCGACGAGGACGUGUGGGGCUGCAUCAUCGGCGCCUUCUUCCUCUUCAGCGUCCUCAUCAGCGUCUUCGACAAGCUCAGCCCCUUCAGCUACCAGAACAACAAGCAGGAGCAGACCAACGAGGGGCCCGAGUCGCGAGUCUUCACGCUCAAGGAAGGGAUAUGGUUCUGCAUGAUGUCUCUUACGCCACAAGGUGGAGGUGAAACCCCACGUGCGUUGUCAGGACGACUGAUUGCCGCCACCUGGUGGCUGUUUGGAUUCAUCAUCAUCGCCACAUACACGGCCAAUCUGGCGGCUUUCCUCACCGUCUCCAGGUUAGUGACGCAGGUCAAGUCGCUGGAUGACCUUUCAAAGCAGUUCAAGGUCAAGUACGCUCCCAUGAACGGAAGCAAUGCUCAGAUAUACUUCAAGAGGAUGGCUGACAUCGAAAAUCGUUUUUAUGGGCUAUGGAAGGACAUGAGCCUGGACGACACCCUGAACGUGGUGGAGCGGGCCAAGCUAGCGGUGUGGGACUACCCUGUGAGCGACAAGUACACCAAGCUGUGGGAGACCAUGAAGACGUCAGACUUCCCUAACAACGAGAUGGAGGCCAAGGACCGCGUCCUCAAGUCAGAGUUCGCCUUCAUAUCUGAUGCUACCAGUAACAAAUAUGCCACUUUAACGAACUGUGACUUGUGGGAGGUGGGGGAGGAGUUCUCAAGAAAACCAUACGCGCUCGCCGUCCAGGAGGGGUCGCCACUCAGAAGUCAGCUCUCUAACGUAAUCCUGCAGCUGAUCAACCAACGCGAACUGGAGGAGUUCAAGACCAAGUGGUGGAGCAAGGACCGAUUGCAGUGUCCCGACGUCGAGGACGAGAGCGACGGUAUCAGCAUCAAGAACAUCGGCGGCGUCUUCCUCGUCAUCGCCAUCGGCUCGGGACUGGCGCUCAUCACCCUGGCGCUCGAGUGCUACUGGUACAGCUACAAGCCGCAGAAGAGGAAGAAGCUGUACGCAUGCGCGUCGCAGGCGCAACUCACGGCAAACGUGUCUACAGUGUCUUUGGCGAACGGGCCCACCAGCAACGAAGCGGUAGUUAAUGGGAGGGUAGGUACCAAAGACAUGGAUGGUAAAGAUGGUGGACAUGGAAAUGGAGGGUUAUAUGAGCUGGUGGAACGUCUCUAGGCAAUCGUGCGCCAUAGGCAAUCAUGCUAAUAUGAGUUGGCUCGGCAGGGCCGUAUCCAGCGAGGGAGAAAUUGGGGGUAGUGCCAUCCCAGAAAAUACAAAAAAGUGUCCUUUUUAGAGUAAAAUGCUCUUGUUGUCGAGCUGGAUUAGACUAUCAUUGUAAUGGUUGUUUCUCUGCUGUUCUACUACUCCCACUCGAGCCAUUUUCGCCUAGGUACGAUCCUGGUUGGCUUUAUUUAAAUCAUGGUGAGAUUUGACAAGGCAGGUUUAUUGGAAAAGAAAAAAAUCAAUUCCAGUAGAAAGAAUACUGGACAAAAAACCAUAUUUGUCACCAAACAGUUCAAACAGUUAAAAACACCAUCUUGCAGUCUAAUGUAAUGUUAACAUUUGACAUGCAUUAGAAGCUUGUUUACUGUAAUGUUUGCUAGCCACAGUUGUUUAUUCUCAUCCAUAUUUACUAUGUACCACCCACUCACUCACCUCUUCACAUUGGCGCACGUAGCCGUAAAACGUGGCGUUAGAUCAAGUGAAGUUUUAUUGGAUGCUUAUAGAUCUGUAUUUUUCAAUGGUGUCGCUCAUUGCAUAUUUCAGUGUCACUGCAUUUUCCUACCGGGUGUACUGAACCGUAUCAUGUGUAUUGUGCCUGGUUACCAUAAAAUAUAUAACACGCCACAGACAGACGCAGAUAUCUUGUUCCCAUACAUUUCAAUUUUCCCGAUUCGUUGCUAACGCAGAUAUCAUGGGUCAAAGGGUUCCCAUAACUCCUACCCCCCACCCACCCACCCCGCCCGUUUGAAACGCCCUUUUUAAUGACUUUUGUCUUGGGGGGGGGGGGGGGGGGUAAUUCAUCAUUCACAAUAUACAACACUAAACUGCCCUGAAAAAAAGCGUCUUUGAUAAUCUUUCCAGGAGCAUGCCCUCCUAAGUAUCCACAAUUUACACUAAAAUUAUAUAUUUUAGAAUGUUGUGAUCCCCCUUUACAAAAUCCUGGAUCUGCCCGUUUCCAUAUAUUUCAACUUUCCCGAUCCGUCUACAACUAUGUUCUCUUUUUUCUUUUUUUAAAUAUCGCUGGUCUUCAACGAUAUAUGGGACAUGUGCGACGUCCUACUUAUUUUACAGGAACCAGCUUUUAGAUGUUUCGUUACAGAAACAACAGAACAUUAUUCCUAAAACCAAUACUUAUCUGACGUAUAAAAUGCUUAUUUUGUCGUAGUGGGUUGAACCAUAUUGCUUUAUUUCUAAGUUCUAAGUACGUUAUGAUUGGUCAGCAAUAUACAAAUGAGUUAACACUUCAUCUGCAUAUGUAGUUUUUGUUAAUACUUGUUACAUUAGCUUUCGUUUUUAUACCUCUAUACCGUAAUGUAGACUAAUGUUGAGCAUCACUUGGAAUUUUUAUCAUCGAUCAUCGGUUAUACUCAGUUUCAAGCAACCGAUCAACUUUCCAUUACACAGUUAGAAUUGUAGGAACUUAGGGAUUUGUUAUUAUUAGGACUUUAUACUUAUUGUCGUGUUCAUCGGAAUAGACCCUACAAAUCGCUAGUUUUCCAUUGAAUACUUAAUCAGCAAAUAUAAACCCCAGCAUAUUUAAAACAAUAUAACAGUUCCCUGAUCUAAACUGCAGGAAUAAUUAGUAGAAUUACAGUUAACAUUUGCCGCGACAAUCGAUUAUGGAUCUUUAUAAUCAAUCAUCACAUCGGUAGAGACCAAUCGAUCAAUUUUCGAUUAUAAUCGAUCAUUGAAACAUCACCAAUAUAGACUAAACAAAUAAAUAAUGAAAAUCAUUAAUACUCUUAUAUGUUUUAACUUUUAAGAUGCAUGUUUCCAGUUUGUAAUAAAUAUUUCUGUAAUUUAAUAUAUGUAUUUAUUAUGUAUGCUUUGAUUAUUGAAUAUUUCAUCUAGUCAUAUAUUAAGUAUGUAUUUAUUAUGUAUGCAUUUGUUAUUGUAUAUUUGCAUACAGUUACUUAUUACGUGUAUUUUUCUUUUCAAAUGUUUUCCUAUUAUUAUGCUGGUCAUAUCCAUUACUGUUAAUGUUUAUAUACCAGUAAAAUGUGUUAUUUAUAAGAAGGAAAACACCGGUAAGAAAGGAUCAACAACGAUUUGUUUUCUGUUGUAUAUAAUUAUGACGAAUAAACUAUGGAAAUAAUACC